UGAUUUCCCAAAGGAUUGGAGAAUCUGGACUUUGACAGAUACUGGGGGAUUCUUGAAGUGGUGACGAAAACAUGAGCACAUAUUCUUCAUUUUUUUCGUGUUUGUGAAGCUUCCUUUUUCUCUUUUGGCUCACACAGAACCUGCAACUUUCUGACCCUUUCAAACACGUACGAGAGAGAACCCAGAGGAAACUCUCUCUCUCUCUCUCUCUCUCUCCGUGUAUUUGACAUGGAGGAAGAGGAAGGGAUUGAUCGGUUGCCCAUGGACCUGCUGGCUCAUAUAUUCGUUUUCAUCUCUUCCUUCACUGAUUUGGCUCAGGCAAGAAGUGUGUGCAAGAAAUGGAAACGGGGAGUGAAGCGGUCUUUGGCUCGGAGGGAGUCUCUGACUUUUGCUGGUUGCAAGAUGGAUGAUGAAACCAUCGCCCGUCUCGUUCGCCAUGCUUACAGCCUCAAAGACAUUGACAUUUCAAAGAGCCGUUGGGGUUGCCAAAUCACGGAUAAAGGACUUUACAGAAUAUCUUUGGCCAAGUGUGUCAGCAAUCUGACAUCCAUAUCUUUAUGGGGUAUGACAGGGGUCACGGACAAAGGUGUUGUUCAAUUGAUGUCCAGAACUAAUUCCUUGCAACACCUGAAUAUUGGUGGUACAUUUAUCACAGAUGAAUCUUUAUUUGCCAUUGCAGAUAACUGUCCACAUUUAAAGACUGUAGUUCUGUGGAGCUGCCGUCACGUGACUGAGAAUGGGCUUCUUGUUCUUGUAAAUAAAUGUCAGAAGCUUGAAUCUAUCAAUGUAUGGGGAACGAGAGUUCCGGUCGGCUGCUUCAUGGGUUUGCUUACUAUUCGUCCAGGUCUUAUGAUAAAAAUAUAAGAUGGUUGCUCUGAAACACUUCUCUGUGGCCCCGCUGCAUAAAUUAUCUUACGGUUGCUUUCUCAA